GAAUGGUAGGUUUGAAACAUGGUUAGUUGCAUGUUUGACUGGCAGCCUUUCUAUGUGAAAGGCUGUACAUUUUAUCACACGAAGCUUUUAGAUUAAAGUCUUGAAACUGAAUUCUUAAGGACUAAGGCAAAAGCUAUAUUCCGGCAUAGAUUUCUUCUCUUAUAUGUGCCACCAGACUAGUUUCGUAAGUUUCUUCUAAAAUCGGGUGCAUCUCAAGGCUUUUAAAAUCUCUUGCUUUGGCAUCUCUCUUGGUGGUAUUGGAGGCUGCAGCUGUGGUGGUAGACUAGUGCUAAUUGUGUAGAACUCAGCUCUAGUCUCUAAAGAUGGGACCUGGUGGAGGUGGUGGCGGUGGCGGUCAUGGGGGUGGUGGUGGCGGUCAUGGUGGAGGUGGGCCUGGUUGGGGUGGCGGUGGCGGUGGCUGGGGGGGCGGCGGCCCUGGAGGACCUGGAUGGGGUGGUCCUGGAGGACCUGGCUGGGGUGGGCCUGGAGGUCCAGGCUGGGGCCCUGGACCUGGAGGUCCUGGUUGGGGACCUGGCUUUUUUGGUGGUUUUGCUGAUGGUUUAUGCAACAUGGUAUCUUCAGUAUUAUCCUGCCUAUGCUGUUGCUGGUUGCUACAAGACUGCUUUGGCGGACCCCGUGGCCCAUAUGGCCCAGGAGGGCCUGGCGGGCCUCCACGUUUCUGAUUGGUUUAUUUUUACUAUACUGCAAUGCUCAUGUUUUACUUGAGUCCAUGUAAUAAUGUUUGGUUUUAUGAUAUUCCACUUUAUAUCCUUUUUUUUACUCUGGAUUGUGAAAAAGGGAAACGAAAUGAUUCUUGGAUAAUACAGUUUGAGAAGUACCUCUUUUUUUC